GAGAGGGAGAGCUUGGCAAAGCGAGCUGAAAACACAUCGAUAGGAUCACGCCGUUGCAUUCUGCAGCGUGUGCAACUGUGCAUCACUCGCAGCGCAGCCGCUCAGCUCUUUCGCGUCGUAUUCAGCAUGGCGCGGCUCACGCCACAGGGCAUGCUCAAGCGGACAGAGAGACAGAUCAGGCGCAUCGGUGACUACGACGGCAGCAUCAAGCCGCCGAAGUUCGACAUAAACAACCCGACGCCGUAUCCGUAUGGCAGAUUUCGCAGAGGCCUGGCACGCGAGGGGUGGACGCCGGCGACGAAGACGGAGUGGCGCGCGUAUUUCGCGAACCACCCAGAGCAGACGCGAAUUCCGCUGAUAAGGCACACGCUGCGGGCCCACUUCGCGCAGGGCGUCAGCUACGGGAAGGACGGCAGCCCCUUAUUUACUGCCGAAGGAGCGAUCGACAUCUUCUACAAAUACAAGCUCGUCAUCGCGCCCUGGGACCUAGACUGGUGCGGCCGUUCGUUCUGGGGCAUGAUGGACUCGGAGGCGAAGGCGAAGGAGCGGCAAGCCGACGCCGUCAGGCGCGCCGCCCAGAAAAAGCGUGACAAAGCCAUCGAGCGCCGGGCGUCGAUGAAAGCGGGCGAGGACAAGAAGAAGAAGCACCAGACGCACUACGACGACCACGUGUCCGAGCGCGCCGACGAGCGGGCCCGGGAGCGCGGCGAACCGGAGCCGAGGUAUGCCUUGCGGCACAAGAAGCUGCGCGAGUGGGAGGGCCCGAAGAAGCUGGAGGAGUGCCCGGACUGCGGGCUCCUCUGCCUUUUAGUGGACUUCGAGCACGCGAAGGGCGGGUCGCACCACGGCGAGCUGCGGUGCAGUUGUUGUAAGCGGGACAACACGGUCGCGCGCGCCGACUACGACACCGCCAACCACGCCGUCUACCGGGCGACCGACCGCGACAUGACGGCCGCGGACCACGACGCGCUCGUCGAGCUCGACCUGGCGUUCGCGCGGCCGCACGAGGCGUCCGCCGCCGCCCUGGAGCGACGCGCGUGGGCGCGGCGCGCGGCGUUGUCGGCGCGGGUCCCGGCGCGCGAGAGGAUCAUGAACGCGCCGACGCCGCAGCGCCGCCGCCGCGGCGUCGACCGCUUCGAUAACGCGGAGGACGUCGCGGCGAUCCAGCACGAGGCGAGCCGGAACUUGGCCCGAAAGGCGGCGAAGCGGAAGGCUCCUUCGGGCUCCGCCGCGAAGCCGGCGAAGCGGCCCGCCCGGGCGCGGAAGUAG